AUGGUGGGUGUGCCAAUGCUGAAGAGAUCAAAAAAGAAGUUGCAUUCGAGUCACAACACACAUCUUGAUGACUACACCAAGAAUGGUCAUACAAAUAAUAAUAUAAAUGGACGCCAUAAAAAAGGUUUAUGCAAAGAUGGAAGUGAAAAAAGAUCGUUAAUAAAUGACAACAAUUGUGUGCAGACAGAUCAGAGUAAAAUAAUAGAAGUAACACAAACUGAUAAAGUGAAUAAUGAAAAUAUGAAAUGGCCAGAUUUAAGGAAAGAAAAAAAUGAAAAGAAAAGUUUUUCUACAGUUUUUACUAAAACAAUAAGUAUGUUAUUUACAGAAAUAUUUAUAAAAUCAUUUCAAACAAUGUUAUCAUAUGUUAUAACAUCAUCAUUUUUUAUUUUAUUAAACUUAUAUAUAUCUAGUAGUUGUAAAUAUGAAGAAAUAGCUGGAUUUGGUGUUUCUUUAUCUAUUGUAUCAUUAUUAAAUUCUGUUGUUGAAGGAUUUUGUAGUAGUUUAGAUUAUUUUUGUAGUCAAUCAAUAGGAAUGAAAGAUAUAUAUAAUUCUUUUUUAUUUUUAAAUAGUGCAUAUUUUUUAUUUUUUAUAUUUUAUGUAUUACUUGUUUUAAUAUUUUUUUUAAUCAAAUUUAUAAUUUAUUAUGCAAUAAAUUCAAAAUCUAUUUACAUUUUCAUGAACAUCGAAAUGGGUAGUGAUAUUACACAAGGAUAUUAUUUUAAAAUGAUGAAUGUAUUUUUUUCCAGUUUCAAAAUGUUAUUAUUUGCUUUUUAUCCAUAUUUUUUAUUUGAAUCUACUAGACGCUUUUUAAUUUUACAUAAUAAUAUAUAUCCAAGCUUAUUUACAUCUUUCCUUUCAUUUUUUGUAUUAAAUUUUUUAUGUUAUAUUUUUGUUUUUAUAUUUUCUAUGAGCCAUAUUGGUGUUUCUUUAGCAUGGCUUAUAACCAAUAUUAUUAGUUGCUUUUUUAUUUUAUAUUUUUUAAUAGAUUAUAUUCAAGAUUGUUCACUUCUUUUAGCGUCAGAUGCUAGAACCCCUUUUCUGACCAAAAACUAUGAAUCCGAAAAAAAUCCCGUAAAACCCGUUUUCCUCUCCACCCCAAAUAAAACAGAUCCACACUAUUAUUCACAAAACAAAGACGACCAUUACCAUGCCCUAGAUAUUGAACAAAGUCGUAGUGACAAUAACAAACAAGAUCAUAAUAUAAAUUCAUGCUUUCCAACAAAUAAAAUAUGUAAAAUAAGCUUUUUAUUUUUUCAUAUCCCUUCAAAAAGUAUUAGAAGCAAAUUUUUGAACAUUACAAAAACAAAUAUUAAAAAUAUAUUUUUUGAAAUUCUUUCAUUUGAAAUGCAAUUACUUGAAUCAGCAUAUUUAAGUUUAACAUCUGUUGCAGUAUUUAUACAAAUAAAUAAUAUGCUGGGUCUUGUUUAUAAUGUAUCACAUUCCUAUGGAAUAUUUUUAUCCAAACUAAUGGGAAUAUACGUAUUGCGAAAAAAAAAAAUACAAGAAGCGUCAACAAACAAUAAGAUAGAAAAUGAACAAAACUCACUAGAUGCUACAGAUUCAAAUUCAGACCAAAUUUUAUUAGAUAGAAUCGAAAUUGGAACUUCUUUUAUUUUGCUAUUACUAUUUCUUUAUGCGUGUCUAGCAAUUGUAUAUAUAUACCAUGAAAAUAUUAUCACUUUCUUUUACAGUGAUACAACAAUAAGGAAUUAUUUAAUUAAAGUAUUUUUUAUAAUAAUAAUUGAAUCACUUUUAGAAGUCUUGGCAGCUUUUUUAAAUAAUAUAAUAAAAGGAUUAGGACUACAAGAUAAAAUUUCUUUUUUCACUUUUAUUAAUUAUAUGUUACUAAUGCAACCACUAGGAAUUAUUUUAACUUUUUGUUUUUCUAUGGAUAUCUAUGGAUUUAUAUAUUCAACCAUAAUUAGUAUGCUUGUUCAAGUUAUUUAUUUAUCUACAUUUGUGUUUAAGGCCCUGUAG